AAUUUUUUCUACGUUUUUGACUGAUUCAGUCAGGAAGGGAGGAACUUUUCCAAGUGAUUUUAUAUUUAAUUCUUGUCUGUUUUCCUUAACAAGUCUUUAACUUUAUUAUAAGCGAAUUUAACUUGAACUGUGAACUUGGGUUGCUUGCCCAAACCUAAUAUAAUAGUUAUAUUGUAAUAAAAAAAUAAUCAUAAGUAUAAAAGUUCUUAGUGAAAAAGGGGAUAAGAAGAAACAGUAACAAAAAUCCAGCUGCUCCGAUAUCGCUGAUGGGGAAAACAAAGAAAAAAGAGUUCACAGAUUAAGGGAAAUAAUAAAUCAAUAAAACUGACUAGACUAUUUUAAAGGGCGAUAAUCUAUAAAAAAUAAAUAUUGACAUAAAGGUGAAACGUAAAAAAGUUAAUACUUAUAUACCCAGCUACACUGGGUAUCCCAAAAAGGAUUAAGCGAUUAAACAUAUGUUAUCAUCACCUGUACACAAAUAAAACAGACGAAUAAUUUGCCAGUGCAGUGAUAAAUUUGUUGCGUCAGUUAAAAGUGAUCCCAGUAUAUAGUGUUCGAGUCAACUAUUUCAUUUUAAAAACUAUUACGUUGCAUUCUCGUCAAUCCCACUGUCGGUACCUUCAAUGUCUUCUACUAAUCAACCGUUGGUACAUAUAGAACAUGUCGACUUAAUCAGCACGUUGUCUGAAGAUGAGGCUGUUGCUGCAGCAGCAGCAGCUGCCGCCGUAUCAGUCACACCGGGAUCAGGAGCCUCUCUAGGUUCAAUGAACGGAACGAAGCUUGUGACACAAGUAGAGAUAAAUACAAUCGGGAUGAACAAAACAAAGAAGAAAAAGAAAAAAUCAAGGAAGAAGACACGACGAGAACAUAUAUUGUUAUCAGUCGACGAUUAUUCGGAUGAUGAUGAAGAAGCUGAAGUUUAUGACGUAGAUAUAAACGGCGAAAAGACCAACGGACAUACUACUGAUAUUGGUGGUAAAUUUGCCAACAUAUAUAGCGAUGAGGAUGAAAAUGAUAAGGUAGUUACCGUCGGCAAUGGCACUGCUGCCAAUGAGAGUGAAUUUUUCAACUCGCUCAACGGACAGUCGCAUCAUAUUCUUCAACCAAAACAACAACAACAGCACACAACACAACAACUUUUGCUUUUGGACGAAAACAGAGCGCACAAUAAUAUCAACACUAACAAUUUAUUUACGCUCUCAUCCCAUACAUCGCCAGUUUUGAAUAAUGGACUAGUUGUUACCACUACAGCUCAGCAUCAACGUGCUAGUAAUAGUGGUAGUCAAAAUGGUAUAGUCAGUAGUAGCAGCAGUACAAGCAGUGUGAGCGGGAGUAAUAGUAUUGCUCGCAUUCCCCCACAGUAUGGCAGUGGAGAAACAUCUCCAACACAUCAAGCUGAUGUAAAUCAUCGUGUAUCGCCAUUGUUGUCGCCAACAUUACCUUCAGUGACAGCGACAUCGCGUAAUUUUCAAACGAAAAAUAAUCAGCUGGUAUCGUCCACAUUACAACGUCAUUACGACAGUGCAGACGACGGUGACGAGAUCUGUCUGGUUCCAGAGGUAGAUUACGAGGGCGGUUCCAUAAUGGAUGCAGGUAGUGACAAUCGGGAAUCACAGCCAUUGCUCGGUGGACAUGGAUACAAUAGUAGCAGUGGAAGUCGCGAUCGGAAUGAUUUGACCGUCAAUACCUUUUUGGAUGAUCCGGCAUUCAAUGAAGUUGUGUUACAAGUGGAAACGGCCAUUACAGCUGGUGUUAUGCCGGAGCGCAUCUAUCAGGGCAGCAGUGGAUCGUAUUUUGUAAAAAAUGCAGAAGGUAAAAUCUUAGGUGUAUUUAAGCCGAAAGAUGAGGAGCCCUAUGGACGACUGAAUCCAAAAUGGACUAAAUGGAUGCAUAAAUUAUGUUGUCCUUGCUGCUUUGGACGCGCCUGUUUGAUACCAAAUCAAGGCUAUUUGUCGGAGGCAGGCGCCAGCUUGGUCGAUCGUAAACUGUAUCUAAAUAUUGUACCAAAGACCCGCGUUGUAAGGUUAGUCGCCGAGACUUUCAACUAUGCGCGCAUCGAUCGACAGAAGGCGAAACUAAAGCGACGCAUUAAGGAACACUAUCCGUCAGCGCAUUUCAAUCGCAUGAGUUUGCCACUUAAGACUGGUUCCUUUCAGCUUUUUGUUGAAGGUUAUAAAGAUGCCGAUUUUUGGUUACGUCGCUUCGAACAAGAGCCUCUCACCACAACACUCGCCAACUCCUUUCAGCUUCAAUUUGAACGACUCGUUGUACUCGAUUACAUUAUACGCAAUACAGAUCGUGGCAAUGACAAUUGGUUAAUACGCUAUGUACGUCCUACGGGCGAUGCAAAGACUGCCGCUAACGGUGGGGGGUUGGGUGUAAAACCAACCAACGUACCAGCACAAACCCCACAAAAACUGGCUGAUGAACAGACACUAGUAGGUGAGGACAAUUUAGAUACAAAUAAAUCAGAGACAAAAUCACAGAAACAAGAUUCGGAGCGUGUUACAUCAGAAGAAGAAGCUAAUUUUGGCACAGCCAGUGCACAUAAACCGUCUACUAGUCAACCAGGUGAUGUGUCAUCAAAAGGCACGAUUGUGAUUGCGGCAAUCGAUAAUGGGCUGGCUUUCCCAUUCAAACACCCCGAUUCGUGGCGUGCCUAUCCGUAUCACUGGGCGUGGUUGCCACAAGCGAAAGUGCCAUUUAGUGAAGAGACGAAAAACCAUGUGCUGCCAUUGUUGUCCGAUAUGAAUUAUGUGGAGGAAAUUUGCACGGAAUUAUUUUACUUAUUUCAGCAAGAUAAAGGUUUCGAUAAACGGCUUUUCGAACGUCAAAUGUCUGUGAUGCGUGGUCAGAUAUUGAAUUUAACUCAAGCGCUUAAGGAUGGUAAAUCGCCGGUGCAGUUGGUUCAAAUGCCGGCAGUAGUGGUAGAGAGAUCUCGCGGUCAAAAUAGUCGAUUCUUUUCAUUUACGCAACGCUUUCAAAAUAAGAGCCCGUUCUUCUCAUGGUGCUAACAUGAGCAUAACAUCAGUAAAAUCUAUACUUAUUAUAAAAGUGGAAGUGGAAACAAUGAGAAAAUGGAUUAAACUUACGAAGUGGUUCACAAGAUGCCAGCUUAAAAGCGAAGUACCCAUUGUAAAUGGUAGAAUUAUUUCACUAUGUGUGUCUGUAUAAUCGGGGAAUGACUGUGUUCUUACUCAAUACGACGUUUCGCCAUUCAGUAAUACUUUUGAUAUACUUACACAUACAUAUAUCCAGCACAGCUACAUACCCACGUAUUUACUGUUUGUUUUCUUAGUUCUAAUAUUGUACAUACAUACAUACUGAAUUUGAUGAUAUGUGUAAAGCGAAGUACUAUUUUCAAGAAAUUGUUUGUAUAUUUUCAUAUUAUUUGCUUAAUUUUUAUUUAAAAUUGUUAUCACUAUAGCUGAAGGAAUUUUAGGAUGUACAUUGCAUAAUGUUAUUUACUUAUUAAACAAAGAAAAGCUUUCGUUUACACACUCAUAUAUAUACAUACGUACACACAUGCAUACUUACUAUGUACGCGUAAAUACAAGCGGACAUAUUAUGCAAUUCAAUGUAAUAUUUUCAUUUCAAAGUUUUGAUUUUCUGCGAAAAAAAAUCCGCAUUUGAAGUGAAUUGAUUUACGCUGAAUGUCAGAAUAUUGCCGCUUGUUCUAUGCAUUGCCAUUCCAAUAUUAAUAAAAAUCAAAGUCUAAAGCA